CAUUUAUAAUAUAACCUGUAUGGGUCUGUGUAACUAUCAGGUUUGCAGUAAUCUUAUUUUCAGCUACAAAUCUUAUUCACUGCAGAAUGUAAUCUAAAUGUCAUGUGAGCAAAUAAGUCUGAGCCAAUAGUCGCUUGACAGUUUACAAUGUUAAACUGUUUACUUGUAUCAGGCCGAUGAAUGGCAUAUGGAGCUUUACUUAAUUUGUGUUUGGAUCGAAGACUUUGUUGCUUGACUUAUAAAACAAAAUUGAAAGAGUUUUUCUUUAAAAUAAAUUGUGUUUAACAGCCAUACUCUGACGUUACAUUUCAAUUUAAUUUAAGUUUGCUGAAAUCUUAUCAUUAAACAUGGCAACAUUUCCUGUGUCUUCUGGUGCUGAAGAACAUGUUGUGGAUAAAGAAUAUUGUUGUUCAAUCUGCGAAGAGCAUAAUACAGAGAUAAAUGCGACUUUUUACUGUAAAAAAUGCAAUAAAUUUUUCUGUGGACAAUGUAUUCACUCUCAUAGUAAGCAUGGUCUGUGGUUCAAUAAACAAUCUCCUUAUGGAAAGGAUAAAAUAAUGAAGUGGCCACUUUCUAAGAAAAUGGAGAAUUAUCUUUUAACAUGUGAUAUUCACAAAGAUGAACAAUUAACAAAGUUCUGCAAGGACCACAGUCGGCUAUGCUGCUAUACAUGUGUUGUCCUUGAUCACAGUCGGUGCACUCAGGUUAAAGUUUUCUCUGAAGUCAAAAGGCAGUCAUCAGAUGUAAAGAAAUUGUCAGUCAGAGUUUCUAAAACUCUUUCAAGAUUAAAGAAGCUCCAGAGUUAUAGGGAGGACAACAGGAGAUCUAUGCAGGGCUCCUAUGCUGAAUUUGAGCGAAACAAGGUGAAGACAAUGCGACUUAAUAUACAAUCUUUCUUAGUCCAAUGUGACGACACCUCCAUGAAUGAAACAUUUGAAACCAUGGAAUAUACAUUAGAUGAAAUUCGUCAGAAAGUAAAUUUAUUAUUAACAGAAUUUGAAAAUUGCUCUAUUAAAGAACAGAAAGAAAAGCUGAAACUUAAACAAGCUCCUCUCAUCAGUGUGAUCAAAACCUGCAUCAGACAUCAUGGUGAAUUGUUACCACUCCAUGAAGCCAUGCAGAAAGUGAAGUAUCAACCAGAACUCUCCUUAAUAGCCCAUUACAAAUGUCUGGACAAAAUACAACAGUGUGAAAUAUAUAUGAAUGAGAACUUUUCAGACGAGUUGUUCUCUGUGAAAGGGGUGUCUAAGUACAAAGUGAGAAUAUUUAGGGAUUCAAAUACAUGCUUGAUCAUUGCGGUAUGUGCUCUCCCAGAUGGGCAAGUCUUGGUUGCAGACUGGUUGAAUUACAAAGUCAAGCUGCUGAACCAGCAGUACCAGGUGGUGAGUCACUGGGGUGUGAAUGCCAGGGCAUGGGACAUGUGUCUCAUCACACCCAGUGAGGCUGCAGUGGCUUUGGGUGAUCAUGGGGUCCAGUUUAUCACUGUCACCCAGAGCAAGCUAGUUCCUGGCAGGAGGCUUCAGUUACAACAAGACUGUUAUGCUAUUGUCCACCACAAGGGAGACUUGUUCAUCUGCUCUAAAACUGCCCUGUACAAGUACUCACUGAGUGGGACACUGGUCUGCAGACUGUAUGAAGAUACAUCAGCUUCUGAUACAGUAUACAAGUGUGCUGUGAGUCCCACAGGAGACAGGCUGUACAUCACCAACCCUGAGCAGAACAAGCUUCUCACCCUGGCCAGGGAUGGCACACUCCUGGCUACAUUCACAGACCCAGCACUACGUAGCCCAUGUGGUCUACAUGUGACCCCUGCAGGCCAGGUGCUGGUCUGUGGAUGGGGGCCCUACACUAUACUACAGGUGGGCUGGGAGGGAGAGAGUAAGCUGGCUACGCUGGCUACACAGAAGGAUGGAGUGAGCUGGCCACAGUCAGUCUGCUACAGCAGCACCACAUCAUCCAUCAUUGUGGGACAAUAUCGGGACAACAUUGUGGUGUUCAGAGUGGAAUAGUGUGUACAUUUGCUGCUGACAGUCGGGACAACGAUGCUGAGGAUGUGGGGGACAAGCAUGACGCAGAAGGAGAGCACCAGCAUUGAUAUCGAGUUGGCCAAGCAACAGCACCAGUCCGACCUGCAGGAGCCCCUAUACAGAAUGAUCCUUUCCCUCCCCUGAUCCCUAGCUCCUCCCACUGGACCUCCGGCCUCAAAGGGUCAGCAUCGUUACACAAGUCUGUUCUGCAAUAAAUCCUCAGCACGUCAAGUUUUCACGCGCUGUUAUGAACAACCAAAAUGUCCGCGUCGAGAUUUCCCCAAGCAAGCCUGAGUAGUUUUGUUUAGCUCUAGUGCCCGAGUGGGAUGAGUGUUACAGAAGCGAGUCGUUAUAGCAGCACUUAUGGUAACGCUAACAGUGAACGCUAACAGUUAGUUCUCGCUGUGGACAUCACAAAGAAUCUCACGAAGAAUUAAACGUUGAAUAAUUUGUUUAAUUCUUUAUAAGACACAGGGUUCGCACAGGGCUUGAAAAGUGCUUGAAAACGAGUCCUAGGCUUGAAAAGCUCUUGAACAAAAGUUGGCCUUAAAAAAGUGCUUAAAAAGUGCUUAGUUCAUGUAAAAAAGCCUUGAAAAUGUUUAUUUCUGCUCAAAAUUACUUUUAUCAUGGCUUUAAUUAUAAACUUAAAUCGUUCUUAUGGGAAAUAUUACGAAAAUGUAUCAUAGAUUCCUUCGCGCAAAACGUUGAGUACGAAAUAUAAGUUUCGUACACUAUUGAGUACGAAAUGUUAUGUGUACAUGUCACAGAUUAUGUGUGCUACAUCAGAGGUUCUCCAUUGUGAUCAAUUUUUGCGAUUGAAAACGCAGCAAUGGGGAAGUGUCGUUUCAAACCAGGGUGGUUAACUGAAUAUUCCUGGGUACAGAAAACAAAUGACAUUCGAAAAGCACAUUGUUGGGUCUGUAUGAAGACCAUUGAUGUCGGGGGUAUGGGGGAAAGCGCUUUGAAAAGCCACAAGAAAGUGAAAACCCUCAAAGAAAACAUGAAAUUGAGAAGCAAACAGGGUUCCUGCAAUGUGUUUUUUGUUAAACAGGAAGGUACUAUUGUUAAAACUGUUAAAUCUAAAACAGACAUAAAAAACAACAGCCCAUCUGUGUCGAACCAGGAAGGCACCGCCACAUGCAGAGAGUGUGCAGAUAGAAGAUUCAAAUUCCAGGACCUUCGCAACUUUCAGCUGUAGUAUCAAACUCGCAGACAUCCAUAGACAAAUUCGUUUAAAAAAAAUGAUAUGUUGAACGCGAAAGUAUUGUGGGUAUUUAUACCGUUUGCACACAACCAUCCUUUAAUUCCAAUAAAAACAUUACAAAGUUUUUUCAAGUUGUGUUCCAUGACAGUACCAUAGCAAAGCAUAAUUAUGUGGCUGUUUUGGGGCUAGCUGAACAUUUCAAAACUGUACUUUAUAGUUCUAUAACUUAAAUAGUGGACAGUACUCAGUGUCUCAGUACUCAGUGUCUUUUGAUGAAAGUGUAAACAAGAAAGACCAAUCCAAGCAAAUGGAAAAGGCAUUUUUUUAAAGGAAACUAACGUACAGUUUAUGGACUUGAAAAUGAAUAUUUGGUCUUGGAAAGUCCUUGAAAAGUGCUUGAAUUUAGGUUUGAGAUUUCUGUUUGAACCAUGAGACAUCUAUAUAUUCAGCAAGGAACGAGAGCAAAUCAAGGAACAAUCGAAACGAUUCAUUCAGAAGUGUUUCUGCUGUAAAUAGUUAGGACAGUAGUAGUAUUACGGACUGUCCUCAGCGCACAAUUUAUUCAUGUGGUGCGCCUCAGACGCGAAUUCCGCCCAUUAUUGAAAACAAGUUGCUAAAAGUAAACACAUCCGGUUUUGUUACGAGCACUUUGCACUCCGAGCCAAAAGGGCAUUGCAUUGAAUUGAGACUAAAGAAGGCUUGAAAACAUGACCCCAGUUUUGUUGUAUGGUCCAGUACGCCCUUCGACUCUCAACCCGAAGUUUAUCAGAACUCAAACUCGGCCCUUAACAAUAUCCGCGAGGCCAGCAUAUCAGCUCAGCUUCUGAGCUUCAGCAAACACUUUAAGCCGCCAAGAUAAAAACAUCGUUGAAGUGAAAGUAGAUGACUAUCCUGACCCCUUCGCUUAAGUAAUUCAGCACAAAAACUUCUUGCGUCAGAGUAGCAAACCUCCAAACAUCUUCUCCCAUGUUGGCUACAUCAACACUUCUUACAGCGGAGCCUUGACGAGUUUGACUUCCAUCCCAGCAUCGACUUGUUCCUUAUUGCGACUGACCUCGAUAAGUUGCUCUCGAAUAAUGUGAACCUUAUGCCAGUAUGUGAUUGACGCCAUUUAACAACAGUUGCUGUUGAGAAUUCCCGGGUUUGAGGUGGCAACUUUGGCGUCAGGACUCUCUCCAUCUCUGUCUAUGGCCCGGUCAAAGCAGCAGCAGCAGCAAUAAGAACAACAAGUAGUAUCUGAGAGGUGCUCUGCUGGGAUACGGGGCUUCAUGUAUGUGCUUAAAGUGUCAUCCCAGAAUAGCCUGUGCAGAUUGCACAUACAUCAAGUACUAUUAAAGUGUCAUCCCAGAUUAGCCUGUGCAGACUGCACAUACAUAAUGUCCUAUUAAAGUGUCAUCUCAGAUUAGCAUGUGCAGACUGCACAUACAUUAAGUCCUAUUAAAGUGUCAUCCCAGAUUAGCCUGUGCAGACUGCACAUACAUUAAGUCCUAUCAAAGUGUCAUCCCAGAUAAGCCUGUGCUGACUGCACAUACAUUAAGCCCUAUUAAAGUGUCAUCCCAGAUAAGCCUGUGCAGACUGCACAUACAUUAAGACCUAUUAAAGUGUCAUCCCAGAUUAGCCUGUGCAGAUUGCACAUACAUUAAGUCCUAUUAAAGUGUCAUCCCAUAUAAGCCUGUGCAGUCUGCACAUACAUUAAGUACUAUUAAAGUGUCAUCUCAGAUUAGCCUGUGCAGAUUGCACAUACAUUAAGUCCUAUUUAAGUGUCAUCCCAGAUAAGCCUGUGCAGACUGCACAUACAUUAAGUACUAUUGUUUCCCAGAAUGUGGCUCAUAUAGUUCACUUAACAUCAGUAUUUUCCGUUGUCUGCCUGAUUGAGGAAAAGUUCAUAGCAUCAAAUGGGAAUUCUGUAUCUUUAUAUUGAUCAAACUUGGUAAAUGAAUGCAAAUAACACUGGAUUUAAUAUAAGUUUUAAUCUUAGUAUGUCAGGGCAUAGUUUGUCUAUUUUGCGGCCGAAAUUCAGCUCCUGAACCAAAAGUUUCUCCAUGCAUGAAAACACCCGCUUUUCUAUUCCAUUUUAGUAAAACAAUUAUUUAAAUGCUUUCAGUACAUUAUAAAAUUAUUGUCUUCAUUAUUUUUCGAUAUUUAUUUAAAUUCUUGGAAUCUGUUUUAAGAGCCGGUUCCCUCAGGACCCGAUGCACUGAUUAUGCACAUGUGACUCUUGUACGCAGCUGAACAACAGGCUCUCUGGUCAGCUGGACCCGAACGCCCAGGGAUUUUUUCUGGCCAAGUUUCAUGGGGCAAAUGCCCAAUGAGUUCUACCCGAAAGUGCAGCGUCUCUAGACCUGGGGCUCCAGACUGCCUUACUCAGGGGCCAAGAUUACUUUAUCUGCAAGAGGCCUUAUGCUCACAGGUUCCCCAAAUACAACUCAGCCACAACAUCCUAAUCGGACAACUUGUCAAUCAACAUGGAACAGUACCCUGAAAAUCACGACCAUCUAAAGAACUGUGCAACUGUGCCAAGCGUGACCCUUUAGAGAAAGGGGCUUCCAUGCCGAAGGUCAAAUUGUGGCCGUUGUUCAGUGUCAAGCGGAAUCCUAGCAACCAAGCCACGUCAGCACAGCAGCAAAAACAGUUUCAGCAGCAGUCGUAUACUAAACAUCAACAACAGUGGUGCAUAUGCAUUAAACUACGAGAGGUAUGAAUGCAAAUAUGUCUUAAACAAGUUGACUGCGUAAUGUGGCAUCAAAGUCUGCAAGGAGAAACCAUGCAAUUGAGGAAGCCAAGAAACCAUGUGAUAAUUUCAAGCAGCUUACCUACUCUUGAAACCCGGAUAGCAAAGCAUUGAGAUUGUUCUGGAAGCAUUUGUAGUCACAGCUCAUUAAGCAUCCCCCUGAAGCAGGACCCUCAGUCUACGGACGCCAAUUGACGAAAUAAAACUUGUCAUUCAGCAACACAGCCAGUUGCAGCAGUUGUUACCAUAUUGACCCCAGUCAAAACUAGGAGCUCAGAGAUAACACAGCAAGUUGCAGCAGUUGUUACCGUAUGGACCCCAGUCAAAACAAGGAGCUCAGAGAUAAAUACUUUUUAAGAUAGAUAUUCUCUACAUUCCUCAUGGUAAGCCAACACAGCCAGUUGCAGCAGUUGUUACCGUAUGACCCCCGUCAAAACUAGGAGCUCAGAGACAGUUGUUACCGUAUGACCCCAGUCAAAACUAAGAGCUCAGAGACAAUCAGCAACACAGCAAGUUGCAGCAGUUGUUACCAUAUUGACCCCAGUCAAAACUAAGAGCUCAGAGACAAUCAGCAACACAGACAGUUGCAGAAGUUGUUACCGUAUUGACCCCAGUCAAAACUAGGAGCUCAGAGACAAUCAGCAACACAGCAAGUUGCAGCAGUUGUUACCAUAUUGACCCCAGUCAAAACUAAGAGCUCAGAGACAAUCAGCAACACAGCAAGUUGCAGCAGUUGUUACCGUAUUGACCCCAGUCAAAACUAGGAGCUCAGAGACAAUCAGCAACACAGCAAGUUGCAGCAGUUGUUACCAUAUUGACCCCAGUCAAAACUAAGAGCUCAGAGACAAUCAGCAACACAGCCAGUUGCAGCAGUUGUUACCAUAUUGACCCCAGUCAAAACUAAGAGCUCAGAGACAAUCAGCAACACAGCCAGUUGCAGCAGUUGUUACCAUAUUGACCCCAGUCAAAACAAGGAGCUCAGAGACAAUCAGCAACACAGCCAGUUGCAGCAGUUGUUACCAUAGUGACCCCAGUUACAACUAGGAGCUCAGAGACAAUCAGCAACACAGCCAGCUGCAGCACUUGUUACCAAAUUGACCCCAGUUACAACUAGGAGCUCAGAGACAAUCAGCAACACAGCCAGUUGCAGCAGUUGUUACCGUAUGACCCCAGUCAAAACUAGGAGCUCAGAGAUAAAUACUGUUUAUAUAUAGAUAUUCUCUACAUUCCUCAUGGUAUGUUAAGCACAAACUCUGACAGAUCUCAUCUCUGAACUCUGUAACGGGCGAAAAAUAAAUGACCUUGUUCAGAAUGAAAUGGCAGAAUGACAAAGCACAACAAUUUAAGGGGAAACCAUAAAUUAAUGUGACCAGCAAAGAUGUGUUCAAAGCAAAACAAUAUGUCAUGUCUUUGGGGACUUUGAAUUUUGAUGGUGUCAUUCAUUAAACAUUGAAUAUUUUUGUUAAAUAUAGUUAAAUAUAAUGAUAUAAAGGAUAUUUGAUUAAGUCGUGUAUGUUAAUUAUUACUUUAAGCACAAAUAUAGCACGUCUAUCAAUAACUUAUGAAACUUGCACCUGAUAAUGAUAAAUGCAUGAAAAUUAAAUUGUACUUAAGACAUUAUUUCAUACGUUGAGCUUAAGAAAAUUGAAAGCUGUUUAAAUUAUGCUGGUAACAUUAUAUACAAAAUAUGUAUUGGAUUAUAUUCAUGUAAAAAACAAGUUUCAGUUUUCUGUUGUUACAUGCAAUAUAGAAGUAUUAUCAAGAAUCGUGUUAAGUAUGGCAGUAUUCGAAAUGAAUAUUCAUUAAAUAAAGACAAAAUCAUUUAAUCUUCUUUCAAUUGUCAAUUCUGUAUGUACUACUACUACCUUAUUUAUUUGACUUGAUAUGGUUUGUUAAAUUAUAAGAUAAUGCCUCUUUAUUUGGAAAGCUUUCAAUGUUUUGAAACUGAGUAUUUAAAAAUGAAUUAUUAAAAGAAUUAUGAAAAAUCAUGACUGAUGUCAAAGUUAUGUUUGAUUUUGCCAAUUUUGUGUUGAUAUUUAAUAUACAUGCUCAUAAGUGUUGACAUUUGUUUUUGAACAUAAUAGUUUUUUAUGUUUUAUAUCGUGUAUAUACACAUUUACAAGUCCAAAUUUUCAUCCUCUCAAUCACUCAGUAACUUUACCAACAAUAAAUGUUGGAUCUCUGUAUAUAGGUAAAUUGUGCAAUUGAUAUAUAGAGCAACUGCAACAAAUCAGUCAGUUACAAAUCAAGGCAGAGUGAUGUAAUAUGCUGGCAAUUGUUAAGUAGUGCAGUUGUCUCUUUUUGUUCUCAGGUUAGAGCAAUGUUGUUUGCUUCAAAAAUAAAAACACAGUCUCCCUUGUAAGAAAAUUAAUGUGUUCACAUCUCAACAUAACAAGUAAAUUCAUAGAGAAAAUCAAAUUAUUUACAUGAUAUACUCGACAAUUAGUCUAAUGGAAUUUGUAGAAUAAAAAAUAACAUGUAAUUAUGACGAUUAUAAGUGAAUGUUUGACACAAAAUGUCUCUUCAGAAAUGUGUAUAUUUUAAUGAUAAAUCUAUACAUUGUACUUGCUGUACUUUUUAUAGUAUAUUUUAUGAACGUGCAGCUGAUAAGUGAAUGUGACAAUUUACGAGUUAUGUUACAAUUUGUUACACGUUGACAUGGCCACAUAAGCUGUUAAUGGAGUGCAUUCACUGCGGCCAGUUUCCAGAAAUCUCCCAAUUAAAAAACACCAGAAAAUAUCUUAAGAUCAGAUAGUUUGGUUGUUGACAUUAGUUUUGAUUUAUUUAUUGAUUGUGUUAUGCCUUGUACUCUUAAUUUGUUAUCAAAUAUUUAAGUUUAUAUGACUUGAAGACACUUACAUGUUUAUUUUAUUGAUGUGUUUGUGCUGAUUUCUUGCAUUCUGAUUAAAGAAUAUUCAAGUGGAAAAAGAAUAUUAUUAUGCAUUGAAAGUGUGUUGUGAUUUCAAAAAAAAAUACUAUGAAAAUAUAGUUCAGUCGUUUGAUUACAAAGUUAUUACAAAGGUGAUCAAUUGCUCAUCAAGUGUAGGUGUUUGCAUACGGACAUAAUAUGUCUGUGCUUUAUAUGUAUAAAAUGUAGAUCCCCAUUUACCAGAACAUAUUUUGAUGUGCUUAAAUGUGCUAAUAGCCUGAUGAAAUUCGUGUUGACUAUGCGUUUUACAUUUUGCCAUUUUUAUUUAAAAAAUGAAAAACAAAUGAAUUGUCAGUGUAAAUAAAUACUGUAUUGUUGUUCAAUCAGUUAAACUAUUUCACUGUUUUCAUGCAUAUGUUCAAAUCAUUUUCAUUUUUGUUCAAUCUUUAAGAUGCAACGCUUGUGUAAUUUACUUUAUGAAACUUAUAUAUACACAAAAAUGUAGUACAGAUGUAUAUCAAAUGACUGCUGUGGGCUUGUGGUAAACAGAAAACCAUGCUUUAAAUUGAAAAACCUUGUUAUAUGCCAUGUUUUUCAUUUAAUAAUAUUAAAAGCACUCUUGAAAUUGAACUUCUUGAAAAUAUGUUUCAUUGUUUUGUAAAAAUAUCUUAAGUUAUCUAUUCUAAAUUAUCUAUUCUUAUAUAAGAAAUACAAAUUAAAAUUGGUUAUUGGAAAUAAGUCAAUUAAAAGUCAAGGGAUAAUGAUGUAAUGUACUUAAAAAUGUCAAAACUGCUAUUGUCUCUAUUUGUAUUCUAGAUAUGUUAUAUCCUUAAACAAACAAAUACAAUGUUGUCUCCUUGUUGAAUAGGUGUUGUGUACCUCUGAACAUGUCAAGUCAUUUACUUUAAGUAUUUUAAAUAAGUUCUCACUAUCUGCACCCGUAAGUCACUCAUGAAUUUUGUGUAAUAAACAUAGGAUAAAUA